AGGAAAUUUAGGAAUUCAACAGAUAGGAAAUUUGUUAGUUACCUCUAUUAUGUAGUUCCUAUUUUGUUUUUGCCGCCUGCGUUUUUUUUGAAUUAUCACUUCCACACUGAACUGUCACACAACCGAACGUUACGAAAGCUCAUACAGAAGUCAAUUUAUGGAACACAUCCUGCUCUAAAAUGUCUGACAGUUGACAGUCACCUGAAAUUUUUAGAAGUAAACUGUGUCAGUGCUUUAGUUUUUGUUUCCUGGUGCCCAUACAAUGGAAGUCUGAAAAAAUUAUCAAUCAGGUUAAAGUGCUAUAGAUUUAUCAAUAUACUUCGUGUUUCGUUUUAAGGCGUAUUUUAAAAACUGGGGCAUAAAGACACUUGUGGCACCAACAUGGUGGACUACUACAGAGUCCUUGAGGUGCCAAAAACCGCUACUAACUCGGAAAUCAAAAAAGCAUACAGAAAAUUGGCAUUAAAAUGGCAUCCCGACAAAAACCCAGACAACAUGGACGAAGCAACAAAAAAAUUCAAAGAAAUAUCAGAAGCAUACGAAGUUUUAUCAGACGAUUCUAAAAGAAAGAUUUAUGACAGUCGAAGCAGCCGAACUACCUCGUCAAAAACAAGAUCCUACAGAAGAGAUUUCGAUUUCAAUCCUUUCUCACAGAGAUAUUUUGAGAAAAAGAGACGUGUUUAUGAUGAAUAUGGCAAAGACGGUUUACUGAAUGGCAACAGUCGCAGCAGAAGUAGACACGAAGACGAUUUUGACUUUGGUGGAUUUGGAUUCUUUACCUUCAGAGACCCAGAAGAUGUUUUCAGAGAAUUUUUCGGUGCCACAGUUUUCGAUCUUCUAGAUCCACACGCCAGAGAUAGAAGACGUCAUCAUCACCACAACAGGCACUCACACCCGCAGAAUGCUCUGAGCAGCACGUCCCUUUUCAGUCCUUUCGGUCUACAAAUCGGCGGUAACUUCAUGGACGAUUUCUUUGCACCGGGGCCGCAUUCAGGCGGCUUUACUUCUUUUAGUUCAAUAAAUACCUCGUUCGCUGGUGCUCCUAGUAAUGCAAACGUCAAGAGGACCUCCACUUCUACAAGGUUCGCCAAUGGAAAGAAGAUUACUACGAAAAAGAUUUUUGAAAACGGAAAAGAAACUGUGCUGUCUUACGAAAACGAUGUGCUAAAAUCAAAGACUGUGAACGGGGUCUCACAAAGUAUAACCUACAGUUAAAUUAUCAAUUUGAAUAAUGAUUUUUCCACUUUAGCUAAUUGUAGUACUUACACAUUUUUCAAUAGAAUACAAUGUGGUCCA